AUGACCACAGACCCACAAUCAACCGAUAUGACCGAAGAGGAGCGAUCCGUCCAAUGCCUAAUGGCCCCCUUCGUCAAAACCCUCAAUAGAGUCUUCCGAUUCAAUCUCCCCUGGGAAGAAUGGGGCUUCGUCAUUUUCCGCGCGACAGCGUAUGGCCCUGAACAUGAGGAUCAAUGGCAACGGUUCCGACUGCGCUGGAACGAGAUCAUGGAUGAUCUCCUUGCCCCACUCCGUGGAAGUGACCCGCGCGUCGAUAAAGCUAUUGAUCUUAUUCGGUUUCAGUGGGUUGAGGAUCCGGCUUUGGAUGGAGCGGAGCCUGCUGAGAUAGCUGCGGAAAUGUCCCCGUCUCGAGGUUUGGAUCACAGUGUCUGCUUGGCUGUUACACGACCAGCUUUGGAAUCCCUCCUUGAGUCGCCUUUGCCGUCCUCUGCGCCUCGCCGCGAACGCUCUAGGAUACCGUUUGUUGUCACUGUUGCUUCUUUUACUGGGACAAUGUCCCCGGUUGAUGAGGAGGAGGAUAUUGCUGGACAGGAUUUUAAGGGGUAUUUUAAUGUUGCGGUUGAAUCACUUCUGGAGGAAUUCUUUCCUAUUGUUGCAUUGGAAAUGAGCGAUCUGCAUAAGGUGGCUGUUAGGCUAAGGGGUGAGGAUAUUUGGUGUUCUAAUUAUCGGGGGGGAGUUCAUAGGGUUACUGAGUAA